ACACCGUUGUCGUAAAUUCCUAUAGAUAUAUAGCUAGAGAGACAUGACUGUACCCACUCCAUACGAUACAGUCAAGGAUUUGCCUUUUGCCGAUCAUAAAUUUGAAAAUACCCCCCAGUUCACAACACCAAUCCAAUUUGCUUUAACUAAAGAUCCACUGCAUAAAGUCACAUUGUUCCCUAUACAUGAUCAUCACCAAUUACCACCAAACUUGAUCCAAGUGAUUGAAAACGAGUUUAACUUCAUUGUAGAUGAAGGACUAACUUAUCCGCAUCAUAAUCCGUUACAUGGUGAGGAAUUCACCAAAUAUUGGUUCUUGCAUUUCGUGGCUGUUCUUCUUGAUGGUGACACCUUUUCUAGUGUGGACGAAUUGAAACAGGGCGAUUAUUCAGUUGAUCAAUGGGAAAAGGUUUUCCUUGGAAACUUCUACAUUAAACCAAAUUAUAUCGGUCGUUGCUCUCACGUAUGUAAUGCUGGAUUCGUCGUGAAUCACAACAAGAGAGGAUUAGGCUUGGGUAAAGAAUUGGGGAAGAAGUAUUUGGAAAUUGCACCUAAGUUAGGAUACGUUUAUUCCGUGUUUAAUUUAGUAUUUGAAACAAACGCGGCCAGUCUAAAGAUUUGGGAUUCUUUGGGAUUUGAAAGAAUUGGUUAUGUAAAGCAUGUUGCUGUGUUGAAAGGUCAUGACAAAUUAGUUGGUGCUUAUAUGUUUGGUAAGGAUUUGCAGUGAUCUUUUGCUAUAUUCCUUGGCACUCUGCAGCAUUAGUGGCUAAAACUUAUACCAAGAAAGGAUUUAUACAGGAAGCUCAUGUGGUAGCAUUGGCAUUCAGUUUGAUAGUUUAGACAUUAUACAUAGAUUUAGCAUGUUUGCUUUGCUAAUACAACGAGAAGAUACGAUUAAUAUUAGACUACUCUAGCUAUUUACAUAACGACAAUAAGUGUUUCAAAAUUAAUAGUGCUCCUCGCGAGCCACUUCAGGAACAUCAUUAUCCGAUUCAAUAUCGAAAAGUCUUUCGUCGAGUACAUCCGGAUCUCGCUGACCAGUGUGUUUUAAACCGACUGCUUCAUCAUGAAAUGUGUGUUUAUUCAAACUAGAAUCAUCUUGAAAUUCUUUAUUAUGAUUACCAAAUAAUGUAGCUUCUUCCUCACCAUCUGGUACCUUAACAUAAUUUCUUCUUCCUGGAAUACAACCUAGAGUUAUUCUUUCAAAUACCACUUGAUCGAAAA